CGCGGCGGGCCCCCCGCGAUAUAUGGGCUGACGCGGCCCUUCCACCGGUGGCCGCCGCCGUCUCAGAGCCCGGUCGGCCGCCACCAGAGUGUGAGCCUGACGCGGUGCAGAGCAGUCAGCAUGAUGUCGUCACGACGAGCGAUGCCGCUGCUGCUGGUGCUGGCAGUGGUUGUGUGUGGCUGUCGGGCGGCUCCAGCCCCCGUGGCAGCGUCAUCAAUGGUGAUCAGCAAGGCUGUGAACCAUGCUCCCCCGAGUGACACCGAAGACACUCCUGGGCCACUCGCGACCGACUCCGUGGGUUCCAAACAAGUGGGCAUGAUGAUGCAGAUGACCUUUUUUGGCGGUAACCACUUCUCACUGUGGUUCGAGGGAUUCCACGUGCAUGACGCUGGCACCCUCACCGCUGCCUGCCUAGGAGUGGGCAUCAUGUCCAUUCUCUUCGAGGGCCUCAAGGUUUUCAGGUUGAUCCUCGUCGACAGAGUCGCUUCUUCCAGGGUGUCGUCUCCAGGACACUGGCUUCAGGUCUUUCUCCACAUUGCACAAGUGACCUUCGGAUACUUCCUCAUGCUGGCCACCAUGACGUACAGCUCGUGGAUCAUGAUAGCUAUCUGCGCUGGAGCCGGAGUCGGCUACGCCAUCUUCGCUCCCAUGGUCUCCAAGCGAGCUCUGCUGGGUGCUUCAGACCACUGUCAAUAGACACAUGAGUGGGAUCUACAUAGCAAUCGAUAGAUCUAUGUAGUCGUAGGGUCUGCGGAUUGUCAAUAGACGAGAACGUCAGACUCCACAGGAGUCUGACGUCGGUUUUGGGGUCUACUAAGCACUGCCACUAAGCUGUAAUGAAGGCACAGUAGUGAACCGAGACAUACCUAUCACUUACCUACUGCGAUACAAUGUUGUGAUAUACUGAUUGUACUUACUAUAGCUGAGUUAGCUAUAGCUGAUAGCUGAGUUUGCCUAACGGGUCAUUUAUGGUUCUCUAACGGGUCAACAGCAAAUGCUUAGUGAUGGAUGAAAUGAUUGUGAAAUGUCGCUCGACAAGAUGAAGUUGAAUAUACCGCAGCCCGAGCCCACCGCUA